AUGUGUGAUGUCAAAACAUAUAUAAUGGAACAUAAUCAACCUUUCCUCUCUGUACUGAGCUUACAGACUCUCUUGCCCCACAGCGCGGCCCAGACGCCUGCCAGCAGCCAGCCCGCCGGGCUCUUCUCCUUCAGCACGCCGGGCGCUGCCGCGCAGCCUGCCAGCUUCAGCUUCGGGACGCCGGCCACGGCCGCCGCGGCUCCGGCAGCAAACGUGUUCCCGCUGGGGGCAAAUGCACCAAAAUUAAACUUUGGAGGCAGCGCUGCAACUCAAGCUACUGGAAUCACAGGGGGCUUUGGAUUUGGUAGCUCUGUACCGACCAGCGUGCCCUCAAGUCAAGCAGCAGCCCCUUCUGGCUUUGUGUUUGGAUGUGCUGGCACCACCACCACCACCACCACCACCUCCGCUCAGUCUGGGACAACUGGAACGUUUACUUUCUCCAGUGGUACCGCAACUCAGGCCGGAACGCCCAGCUUCAACAUUGGCGCUGCAGCUCCGCAGGCAGCGCCCACCGGGUUGACCUUUGGAACAGCACCUGCAGCUGCUGCCACCACUGCUGCCACCUUAGGGGCCGCAACCCAGUCGACAACCCCCUUCUGCCUUGGGGGGCAGUCUGCCGCAGCCACUAGUGCACCCGCAGCAACGCUGACCACUAGUACCAGCCAGGGACCCACUCUGUCCUUUGGAGCCAAACUUGGAGUAACAUCCACAGCUGCUACAACUGCCGCUACCACCACAACCUCCAUUCUUGGUUCAGCGGGGCCUACGUUGUUUGCAUCUAUAGCGACGGGGCCUACGUUGUUUGCAUCUAUAGCGAGUUCUUCAGCACCGACGUCGGCUACCACCACGGGCCUCUCACUUGGUGCCCCUUCCACUGGGACAGCAAGUCUUGGAACGCUUGGGUUUGGAUUAAAAGUUCCUGGAACAACAGCGGCUGCAACAAGCACUGCCACUAGCACUACUUCUGCUUCUGGCUUUGCUUUGAAUCUUAAGCCAUUAACUACGACUGGUGCCAUUGGAGCUGGGACUUCUACAGCUGCCAUAACCACAGCAACCACAGCCAGUGCACCUCCAGUGAUGACGUAUGCCCAGCUGGAGAGUUUGAUAAACAAGUGGAGUCUGGAACUGGAAGACCAAGAGAAACACUUUCUCCAUCAAGCUACGCAAGUUAAUGCCUGGGAUCGGACGCUGAUAGAGAAUGGAGAGAAGAUUACUUCAUUACACAGAGAAGUAGAGAAAGUGAAGCUUGAUCAGAAGAGACUGGAUCAGGAGCUGGACUUCAUUCUGUCACAGCAGAAAGAGCUUGAAGACUUGUUGACCCCUCUGGAGGAGUCUGUGAAGGAGCAGAGCGGAACUAUCUACUUGCAGCAUGCAGAUGAAGAACGGGAGAGGACUUGGUGUGACUUGGAGCAGGUCCUGAGCAUGACGUCCCAUGGUCUGAACUGGAAUAAGCCUAAGCCACAGGCAUAUACUCUAAACCAGUCUGUUUUCUUUACGCUUCAGCAGAUCUGUAAAAUUUUGAAUGCGCACAUGGAUUCAUUGCAGUGGAUUGACCAGAACUCAGUGGGAAAGCCAAAUCCAGCCGAGUUGCAGGCUUCCUCUGUGUACCUAAAUACAGCCAUGCGGAGAAGAGGAAUGUUCCUAGGAGCUGUUGCUUUUCUCCCUGUUGCCAUCCCCUCCUCCAGGCCGCACGACUCCCCUUGUAACUGUCCUUCUGGCUUUGCCCUGUCCAAGCUCGAGAGGAGCCAGUGUUGCUGCGGGGUUGUUCUGGGCCCCAGUGCCCCAGAGCUGUGA